CUCCUAAUAUAUCACUGUAUACUAAAAAAACCAAAACAGUCCAUAUGGGUCUGUAUGGAAAGGUAGAAACGGAUGUACCAAUCAGAGCUUCAGCUUCAAAGUUUCAUGAAAUAUUUCACAAGAAACCUCACCAUAUCUCAAAUGCCUCUAAAGAUAAAAUACACGGCGUCGACUUACAUGAAGGCGAAUGGGGCAAAGUUGGCUCGAUUAUUUACUGGAGAUAUUUUCACGGUGGGAAGCAUAGAGUGGCAAAGGAGAUCGUCGAAGAAGUUGAUGAAGAGAACAAUUCAAUCACUUUCAAAGUAAUUGGAGGAGACCUUACGGAAGAAUACAAGGAUUUCAGGCUCAAAAUCCAAUGUGUUCCAAAAAACAAGGGAAGUGUGGUUCACUGGACCUUAGACUAUGAAAAGCUGCACGAUAAGAUUCCAGAUUCACAUGAUUUGCUGCACUUUUGUGUUAGUGUCUCUAAAGACAUUGAUGCUCACCUUAUAGAAGCGUACUGAUGAAUCUUAUCUAGCUAUACUGCAGUGACAUAACACAAGAUUUCGGUACUCAUUUUCCAUGUGUUACUAUGCUAAAUUUGCCAGUUCUCUCUAUGUUUUAAUAAUCUAAAUAAAGCAUGUGUAUGUCUGUUAUGUUUGGAAUCUCUGUUUUAUGUGUUGUAAUAAAUGAAGAUAAAUAAUAUAUUUUCAAUGUAUGGAUAUAUCCU